AUGGAGUCGCCGGCGCCGCCCUUCCCAGAUGCCCCUCCGACGCCAGCCUUCCCCGAUGCCCCGGCGGCGCCGCCCUGCAGCCCCGACUCCCCGCCGACAGUGGAGACGCAGGCAACCCUCCCGGACCACCUGGCGGAGGAGAUCCUCCUCCGCGUCCCCACGGCCGCCGACCUCGCCCGCGCUUCCAUGGCCGGCCCCUCCCUCCGCCGCCUCAUCGCCGACCAUGCCUUCCUCCGUCGCUUCCGCACCCUCCACCCGCCGCCUCUCCUGGGUAUACUCUUGAACCCCUUCCUCCCAGCCCAGCCGCCCCACCCCUCCGCCGCCGCCGCCCAAACACUCGCCGGCACAGACUUCUCCUGCUCCUUCCUCCCGUCCCGCGAGCAGCCCUGGACUCUUCGCGAUUUCCGUGACGGCCGCGCCCUCCUCUGCGCCGCCCCCGACGACUGCACCCUGGCGAGGGACGUGGCCGUGUGCGACCCGCUGCACCGGCGCUACCUGCUGCUACCUCCCGUACCCCAGGACCUGUCCGAUCUGGUCUACCACUGCCAGCUCUUUCUUGCUCCUGCCGCCACAGACGACGGUGCUGACACUGCUGCAGACGCGUCCAUGAGUUUCAGAGUCAUAUGCUUGGCCAAAUACCAGGCCCAGCUGGUCCUCUUCGUCUUCUCCUCAUCAGGCCCUCUUGCCCAACAAUGGCACACCACCGUAUUUGACGGUUGGAGCGCUCUGAUUGCGGAAACUAGUCAAGGCGAUGAUAUGCGAUCCGCCACUGCAUUCGGAAAGCGCUACUACGUGCACGGAUGCUUCUGCUGGGCGAUACCCGGGAUCAACAAGUUGCUCAUGCUCGACAUUCGUACCAUGGAUUUCUCUUCCGUCAACCUCCCGCCUAUUCCGUGGUUUAAUUCCCAGGUGGCCUUUGUGGAGGCAACGGAAGGGAGGCUUGGGAUGCUUAUUCUCAGCGACAAUCGCUUCUUGCACACCAUUUUGGUUAGCAUUGGGGAUGACCCAAAGGAGUGGCAAAUUGGGGAUGUUGUCACAUUGCGCCAUGGUUGCUGCUAUUACUCCUUCAUUGGUGCAGCUGGGGGAUACUUACUCCUACAAGGGUUUCCAGACGACCCGUAUGAAAUGCCAGGCACGGACUGUUUUUCACUGAAUCUCCAGAUUAUGAAGCUUGAGCGGUUCUGUGGGAAGGAGUUCAUGAUGCCAUUGCAGGGUCAUCUGUAUGUGGGUUUCCCGCCAUCCUUGUCUCCACCAACUAUUUGA